GGAGUUGGUGAUGGGCACGAUCAAGACGAUGCGGAGGACUGCAAAGAAGCAUAAGGAGAACAGGGACCAAAGAGCCAGAGAUGAAAAGAGUAGGCUGAGUGUCAAGAUGCAGGCAGAUGCAAGGGACGAAAGAGCGAAUCGAAGAGAGAAUCUGUCAAAAGUAAAACUGGUUUCAGGAGAUACUUCUCCCAGAACACUCCGGAUAAAACAAAUGGCAGAACUCAACCGAAUGUGGAAGAAGAACAGGAAAGAUUUUUGUGAAAAGUAUGGACAUCCUGAUCAGAAGUCGAACCGGAGUUUUGUAGAGAAACCAUUUGGUUCUGCAUAUGUCGAUUGUGAUACUUCUUUGCCUUCCAAUAUUGUCUCGCUUGCUUUAGUCGAUAGUAAUUAUGAAAACAAGAUUUUAUUUGCAUGCUCAGGCAUAGCUAUGGAACGUCUGCCAAUGACGAAUCCUGAAGUAACAAUAGUUGUGACAUCAAAGCGUUUGGUUGAAGAAUUUAAGGAAAUAAGAAACAGAGAUGAUAAAGUGAAGGUUGAAGUGCGUUUUCCUGGCAAAAAAAAUAUUUGCGUAGAUGGGUUAUUGGGACUAUAUGAUAAAUAUAUUGCUCUUGUAACGUGCUUCUACUACUCAGAUCCAUGUAAGAUACAUGUGGAUGAACACCAAAUGUACAGAGAUUUAAAACCAGAGUAUUUGCGUCCUAAUUCAGUAGAAGCUGUUGGGCGUGCCUUCAGCUCGGGCACUUUGAUGUCUGCUAAGGGGAAGAUUUGUCUCCCGACUAGUGGGUCUCACGAAGGUCAUCUGAUGUACAGUAAUUGUGCUAUCACAGAGGCUGGACUUGGAGGUCCAGUUGUGACUAAGGAUGGACGCUUUAUUGGGUUGAACAUUGAAUGUGAUACCAAGGACAAUUCUACCUUGAUCCUACCAUGGGAGUUGCUUAUGGAACGCUUGGUGUAUUUUGAAAAGUACAGCCCGAACUCUACCAACUACCGUGAAUAUACCUUGCCUAAAGAUUUAUUCAGCAUAGUCCCACCAGGACAUUGGAAUACUGUCAAGUAUCUAACAUCCAUGGGAUAUCCUGAGCCACCACCACUCGUUCUUGAGAAAGGUGGGAAAUUGUGUGAUAAAUUUGAAGAGGAUUUUGGUGAUUUAUAUGGUUACAAGGGCUUAGAUUGCAACCUCUGGUGUCGUGGUACUGAGGAACUGGUAUUUUCUAAACUCCGGACAGAAGUUCUACGAAAACUAUGCCGUCGUGUUGUUUUGCUUACUUCAUUCAAUGGAGACAUGAGAUCUUUUGCAUGCACAGGCUACAUUAUAAAAUGGCAUAAAAAAGGCACCCCCGUUAUUCUGACCUCGGCCAGUUUGAUUAGAAGUUUGAAUAAUGAAGACACGAUUGAUGAGAAAUUGAAGAUUGCUGUUUUUCUCCCACCAAAUCAGCAUGCUACUGGGACGUUGGAACUGUACCAUUUAGAUUAUAACAUUGCUGUAAUCAGUGUUCAGAAACGUCUGCAUUGUGUUCACCCAGAGAAUAUUUUCCACGGCGAAAAGGGACGUAAAAAGGUAGUAGCUUUAGGGCGUGAGGUUAAGGAUGGACUACUAAUGGGGACAAUUGGUGUAGUGGCUAAGCUGCCUAUGGAUGGACCUAGCAAGCUUAACUGCAAAGACCUUAAGCUGUCUACUUGUAAAAUCAAGAAGGCUGGGAUUGGUGGUCCACUAGUUAAUUUUAUUGAUGGAAGUUAUGUUGGCAUGAACUUCUACGACGGAACUACGAAAACCCCUUAUUUGCCCAGGCAUAUCAUUGCAAAAGUUCUAAGUGCAACUGAUCUCCCAUCACAAAUAAAAGGAAUGAGUCAGCCCACAAACAUAACCAAUGUAUCUGUUAAAAAAAGAAGCCCUGUCAGAGGAAAGUACAAGCGCACAAACAGAUCGGGUGCAUCCAUAGUUACAAACAGGUGGCCUGUGCCUAAGCCAUAUUGGUACCAUCCUCGAUUUGAUGUCUCCGAGCCAGCUUGGUGGAAGGAACCCCAGUAAAACGUCAUCAGUAAUGUUGUAGUGCUCUUGUCUACCUAUUGUUCUCCAUGGUUCAGAUCAUAUGGUUGCAAUUAUUUAACGGACCUGUAGUGCUGUUCAUGUAAGAUUAAGCUGGGCUGAUGGUUCAGAUCAUAUGGUUUCAAUUAUUUAACGGACCUGUAGUGCUGUUCAUGUAAGAUUCUGAUGUUACUAUGUAGACUUGGCUGCGUUAUAUCGUUUGUACGGCUGUACAAAAGAUUCUGAUAC